AUGACCACUCCUUCGACCGAAAGGCACAUCCGAGACCGAACUUUAAAGCAGAAGAUGCGAAGAGGAACCCACAGCUGCUCUGAGUCUAAAGCGACUGAGACCUGCUUGACAACAGGCAGAAGGCGCAAGGUGAAAUGCAUUUCUAUUGCUGGCCAAGAAAGGUGUAAAGAAUGUCAUUUUCGAGGGAGCAGCUGCGUUGAACAAUGUCCCAACAGUGGAAACACGUCAGCCCAGAAAACAAAGAGCAUGCGAGAGCGAAUUUCAGAGCUAGAGGCGAUUAUCCAGACCCUUCUUGCAGAACGGGGGACCGAUCCAUCCGCAAAUCAGUCUCAGCCUUACAUUGAUGAUGUCGAGUAUCCCACCCCUGUGCCAGCCGACAAUUCACCAGUAGCCAAUCUACCCCCUCAUAUGCGAUUGUUUGAUAAUGAUGUAAUUGCUCCUGUGAAUGACCAGCCCACAGUUCAUACAAAUUCUCACUCUAGUGGUCCAUCAACCACUAGUAGCUUUGUUGAAACAACAGAAAAUGGGUCUUGUGGCGAAGGAACUCCAGGGGAUGCUAGCGACAAAGCCUGGGUUAAUCUGAGGACUUCGAAAGACCAAUAUACCCGGGAAAAGUUGUUAGAAUGCUUAGAUUCUGGCGAGAGGCUAGAUGAUGCGCUUCAGAAAAACGAACAACGAUGGAUGAUCUGGCGCUCCCGUAUCUUGGCCCAUCCUCCAAACGAAUCUUUUGCAAAUUGGGCUAAGAAUAUUAUCCAUAAUGGGGCACCGUCUGAUCUUGGCACGCUCAUCUUGCUACUAGGCACUGGAUCAGAUCGAAAGGGCUCACAGAAUCUGAUCCCUCUAGUUGCAACUUUGAUAACAUCUGAUGACGACUAUACUACCACAUUAUCCGGAAUAGAGUGCUCCCUUCUACUCUCAGACUACUAUUGCAGCAUUGGGCAACCAAGGCGAGCUUGGUUAGCCAUUCAGAGAGGAUUGGCAUCUGCUCAACUAAUUGGUUUACACCGCCGAAGCUCUUCACCGAUAGCAAGUGGGAUAAUGCUACUCCUGCAUUACGAGAAUCAAUUUCUGAGCCUUCUGCUGGGGACAGCGCGUGGCAUAUACUUUCAUUGCAGCAUUGAAUACGCAAGAGAAGAUAUCAGGUUCUUUAAAUCUGAAAUGGGCGCUAUUUGCAGUAAGUUCUUGAUUGGAACACAAGAUCAACGGGAGCCGUCGCUAUCACUAGUCCUUGAACUCGACCAGCAGCUCCAAGCUCUGAUUCUUGCCAUGCCAACGACAUGGAAAAUAUCACAAUCGGAACAUUCAGAGUCAGCGCAACUGUUGUUACCUGAUAUCGAACAAGAUAAGAUUCUGAUCCAGAUACGCAUACAACAAUUGCGGACAUAUCUGUAUCUGCCAUUGAUGCUUGGCUCAGGUUCUACUCAAACUAUACCUCCUCACAUGUACGAGAUGAGUCGGAUAGCUUGUCUCGAGUCCUCAAGGGAGCUGCUAAGGCUCUAUCAAUUCCUGUCUCAACAGUCUUUAUUCGAAAAUACACUUGUAGACUUUAUGGGCUUUUCAGCAGCAAUGCUGAUAAUUCUUACCCUACUUGGCUGUCCCAAAUUUCGAAUGGGGAAUGAGAGUUCUAGAAGAACAAGUAAUCAAGACGAGCAAGAUUGGGGAUUCAUUGAAACAACCAUCAGCAUAUUGAACGGUAGAGCGGAAAGUCACGAUAGUAAAGUCAUCAGACAAUGCCUAGAAGUCUUGCGCGCGUUGUCUGGUGCGCGAGACCCCACUGAUCCCAUUCGUCCAGGAUGUAAAUAUCGCCUCGUAGUUCCGUUCUUCGGCGAGAUCCUAGCUCAACCAGGCACAAAAUUUGGUUUCAUCAGUUCCUCUAACAACACGACAACCCCAACCAAGGCAACGACAGUACAUCACAGCCACCCUUCCAACAACAUGACUUCUACAAGCGUCUUAGGAAGUGCGUCGAAUGGUUCCAAUGCCGUACAUGCGAGGAACACAAUGACAAUCUCAGAGUUUUCUGGUUGGGAUGCAUCUAGAACUAUACCAGAGCUGUCGGAGCAUGCGUUUAACCUGUUGUCCCAAGGUUUGGAGCACGAGGAGAAUGGAAAUACUUUCACUGAAAUGUCGGAUGUUGACCUUGGACUUGGAAUGCAACCCAUGCGAUACAAUCAACAGUGGCAGUACCUUUCAGAUAUGGACCUUAACCAAGAUUGGCUGUUACUAGCUGAACCCAGCACAAGCGAUCUAUUUGUUGGAAAUCAAUGA